AUGGCGGACGUUGAGGAUUACCUCGAGGAGGGCUUUGACGCCCACAAAGUCACCAUCCCGCGACUACGAUCUAUACUCGUCACCCACAACAUCGAGUACCCCGCAACAGCAAAGAAGGCACAGCUGGUUGAGCUAGUCGAGGAGCAUGUCUUGUCUCAGGCUCCCAAGCUCCGAGCCCAGCGGGCAAGAGCCAAGCGAUCUAGCAUGGGUAUCGUCAAUGCCGGUAGCGCCGAAGACACGGGUACCUGGGACGACUAUGAUCUUGCCCCCCCAUCAGUCUCGAAACGGCGAUCCAAGUCUCCUCGAAAGGUGUCAAGAGGAAUCAAGACUGAGGACGAUGUCCCAGCAACCCCCGCCUCUAGGCUUAGAAGCCCGACGAAGCGGAGCACACGAUCCGUGAGCCGGGCACUCUCCCAUGUCGAUGACCACGAUGACUAUGAGGCUCCUCGCUCGACCCGUCAGACUCGGCGAACCGUUACACCUAAGAUCAAGGCGGAGCCCGAGGAGGAGGAGACCAUCAUGCCAGAUCCCGAUGAGAGCGUCUUCACAUACGAUAACCCAUUCCAGAGUGGGAGCUCGCCCGCUCAGAAGACUCCAACCAACCGACGACGCACAACUGGCGGCGGAGACACUAUCCGAAGCGUCAAGUCGACUUCGAGGCGACGAACAGAUGGUUAUUCCGAUAAUUAUGAAGAGACGCUUGAAGCCCCGACUCCCAAAUAUCGCGAGCCAACUCCCAAGUAUCGUGAGCCGACUCCUGAUCUACUUGAGCCCGGCGAGGAGUUCACUCCUGAUGAGCAACUCGAGUUAGAGGAGGCAGCAAGCAGAGGGGAGACUACGAUUGAGCCGCGCAAACCUGCUGGUCAGGUCGCUCGCAAGGGUGGUCUUGGCGCGCCCCUGCUGGUCCUCUUCAUGGCCCUCUUGGGCGCGUAUCUUGCCUGGUAUCGACAGGAGAAGAUGGCCGUCGGUUACUGUGGGAUCGGAGCACCAGCAAAGUCGUUGGUUCCACCAGAGAUUCCUGUUCCUGACGCUCUCCUCCCAUACAUCGAGCCUCAGUGCGAACCUUGCCCUCAGCACGCCUACUGCUUCAAGGACUUUUCUGUUCAAUGCGAGCAUGACUUUAUUCUCAAGCCGCACCCCCUGUCCUUUGGUGGCCUAGUUCCUCUGCCACCUACCUGCGAGCCUGAUGGCGAAAAGGCUCGACGAGUCAAGGCUGUAGCCGACAAGGCCAUUGAAGAGCUCAGAGAACGUCGGGCCAAGUAUGAGUGCGGAGAGCUUGUUACUGAGGAUGGCAAAAAGGAGGAGUCUCCUGCCAUCCCCGAGCAGGAACUUAAGAAGACUGUCAGCCGAAAGCGCUCCAAGAGACUCAACGAGGAUGAGUUCGAUGAGCUCUGGGCUGCUGCCAUUGGAGAGGUUACUGCAAGGGAAGAAAUCGAGAUUGUCGAGACAGCACCACCGCCCGGUUCCCCCGAUCUUCCAGAACGACGGCUAUCGUCCACGUCUCUCGCUCGCCUUCCGCUCACCUGCGCGCUCAAACGAUCGCUCAGACUCAGCCUGGCAAGAUAUCGACUCACAAUUGGACUUUUAGUCACGUCAAUCUUGACUGUCUUGUACAUGCGAGCCCGAUAUCGCAAGCAUGUCGCUACCUCGGCUCAAGUUCCUGCUCUGGUUGACUUGGUCCUGGGAAGAUUGGCCAACCAGAAGGAGCUGGGUGAGGAAGAUAUCGAUGACCCUUGGUUGUUUCUGCCUAACCUGAGAGAUGAUAUCCUACGCUCCGUGCACUCGCUCUCGGAGCGUGAGCGCAUCUGGCAGAGAGUGCGAGUUGUGGUUGAGCAAAACAGCAAUGUUCGAACCAGUCAAAGAGAAGGUCGCAGCGGCGAAGUCGGCCGUGCUUGGGAGUGGAUUGGUCCUGUCGCAGGCGAUGGAGCUAGAAGACGACGAAGUGGGCGCGUGUCACUCGGCCCCGGAGUAGAUGAGUCUCCAGCAGCAAAGGGGACUCCGGAGCCCAAGAAGUGGGAAGAUCCGAGGCCGAUCUACUAA